GGGCGUUUCCCCAAACUACUGCUUCAACGAGGACCUACAUGACCAGCACGCAGUAAACACACAGCUACUAGACUGAGAAGCAUGAGCGCUCUGAAUAGGGCAAAUCCUACCCGUGACUACAUAGCGCGAAUAACUAUCCACUGGUCAUGUCUUCCACAAGACAACAAUAUUUUACACUUUUCGGUCUUGCUUUGAUGAUUGUUUGCUUGACGGUUGUUAUGAAGAAAUGGCACCUUGGUCUCAGGAGGAGUUUUGUGGAUUCUGCUCUGGAGGUCUCGUCUUUGCGCAGCGCGUUAUUACAGCACAUAGAACAGAGACAGCAGGAGAUCGCUCGCUUUUACAACGUAAAUAAUCCAUCACUAGACAUACAGUCGACUUUUCCCAACGCGGACGCAUUUAUGAAUGGAACUUUGGAGACUUUGGGGUGCAGUGAUUUGAGCAGCUGGACAGUUGUGGAUGUUCUUGGCGCAGGUUACACAAAAACCGUGUUAAAAGUGGUUUUACCGCAGGGUUCACAAGUGGCUUUGAAAACCGUGAACGAUCAGGGGACAGACAUGAGAUCUUGUUUGGAGGAUUUCAGGGAUCCACAGGGAUGCCAGGAUCUCGUGUCUUACAAACUGAGAAAAGAGAUCAUCCUGCUGCAGAGAUUACAGCACCCUAAUAUUGUAAAGCUGAAAGGUCAGUGCCAGGACAGUGCUCUGGUGGGUGGCAUCACAGCAGUGCUGGAGCAGGGAACCCCAGUGCAGAUGAUACAGCUCCUGCAGAGCCCCUGGGAAGAGCGCUUUCGGGUGUGUCUCGGCUUGGUCAGGCUUCUUCACUAUUUGUCACUUUCUCCUCUGGGCUCUGUGGCCUUGCUGGAUUUCCAGCCUCGUCAGUUUAUCAUGGUGUCUGGUGAGCUCAAGCUGACCGAUCUGGAUGAUGCCAUUGUAACUGAGACACAAUGCAGGACAAGUUCAGAUUGCGUGCUGCAGUUUCCAGUGCGCAAUUUCACCUUCCCGUGCUCCGGCAGUGGCGUAUGUCAAGGCCUCAAUGAGAUGAGGAACCUCUAUAAUGCUUACAGAUAUUUCUUCAUCUAUUUGCUGCCUCAUCAGGCCCCAACAGUGCUGAAACCGCUUAUGGAUCAGAUAAUGAAUGCAACAGGGGAACUGAAACACAGUGUUAACAAAACACUAGAAGCCUUUGAAGAAGUCUUGGAUGUAUACAGAUCUGGGCUACAUCUACAGAACAUGCCUCCAUCUGCAAUUAACGACUAUGCUGUGCUGAAAGGCAUGGCUACAUCUGGAAAUAAGGAGUACGAAUGCUGGCCUUCUUACAACCUUCAUGGAUGCAUGCUGUCUGUGCACGGUGCUGCAGAGGCUGCCCACAUUUGCAACUCUCACCCACAAUGCAACAGCUUCUCUCUCAGUGACCAAAAGACAUGGACAGGUCGACUUCUUGCUUCGUUCAGAAGCAGCUUCAGUCAUCUGGUUCCAGAUGUGAGCUCGACAGUCUACGUGAGGACGGCCAAAGCCUCUGCAGCAACUCUUUAAAGUGGGGGCAGAAAAAGAGAGCAAAACAGAAAACGAGAUGCUGGGGGGUUGUUGGGGGGGACUAUGAAGGGAAUGAACGAGAUGUAUUUAUAGGCAUCACUCUCAAAAGACUGUUUGAUGUAUCUGCCAAUGCUGAACCUGCUGCCAAGAGGCGUCUAAAAGGAUUUCCCUUCAGGUAUAAUUACCUCUCCUUACACAAAAAGAAACACCCAGCCCUCUGUUUUUUCCCCUUAGCCGUUGUGUUUGUAUGGCACAAUCCAAUGAAAGGAUAUUGAGCCUAUUCAAUACAAGCUCUUAUACAGAUUUUUCUUUGAUGUUAAUAGAGCCAGCAGUUCUGCGGUGUAGCACGGCAUGCUGGUAUGCCUUAAACACAGUGUUGCAACGGGCAUGGAAAAAAGUAGUGAAAUUACAGCUGUGUGUAGGAAGCUGAGUUAUAGUUUUGCUAUAUGAUCUGAAUAGCUGCUUAGGAUCACUUUACAGAUCAAUUUUUUUUCUUGUAAUCUAUGUUUCCAUCCAGUGGAUGAGCUUGAUUGAGGUGUUCUUUCUGAGAAAGAGUUAUUGUCAUUUGACAUUUUCUAGUUGUUGUGCGGUUUGUUUUUUGCUCAAAGAAAUGAAUAAAACUGUUUUGUUUUGUA